GUAUGUGUGAGUGUGUUUGUGAGUGUGUUUGAGGCUCGUCGAGCAGCAGGGGGAACUUGAAAACUUCACUGCGUUCAGCGAGGGGAGAUCUGCUACCGGAGGUUUGGUGAUUAGGAGCUGAAAAGGCUGCUCACAGUCCAGCUGUGAUCGACAGAGGAGGACCGGUCCGGUUCUCAGCAUUGGUAACGAUUUCCGGCACAACAUGGAUGAUUUAGAUGCUUUGUUGGCGGACCUUGAGUCCACAACAUCCCACAUUUCCAAGCGCCCGCUCUUCCUGUCUGACGAGACCGCCUACUCCUUCCCUGUUGGGGAUCAGACCCAGCAAGACAUCUGCUCUCCACCUGCUCCCACUGAGCAAACCCUGAACGGACUAGAUGAAACAGAGUCCUUCAGCCCAGCUCAGAGAAGUCCCUGGUCUAGAGAUAGCAGCAGUCCAACCCAACCCGCUGGUGAAGAGGACCACGUAUACAGUUUUCCUAAUAAGCAGAAGAAUAGUGAGUCAUCAGCAGUUGCAAUGAACUCAUCUUUGGGCAGCAACCUGUCUGAGUUGGACCGCCUGCUGUUGGAGCUCAAUGCUGUCCAGCAAAGCACUCCUGCCUUCGCCACAGAAGAGGAAGCAGCUCCACCACUGCCUGCCAGCAGUAUCAUCCACCACAUCCACGAGAAUGGAGUCUCUACUGCUGGCAAGGCCGUACCACCUGUAAUGGAGAAGCCCAAACGCAGUGCGACAGCUCGUGGAAUAGAGGAUGUACGACCAAGUGUAGAGAGCCUCCUAGAUGAGCUGGAAAGUUCUGUGCCCUCACCCAUUCCCACACCUUUGGUGGUGUCAGACGAACCAACAGAUGGCCAAGAGGAAACACCAGCACAGCAGCAAGCCAGAAUGUCUGCCUCCUCUGCCACACGUGAGCUGGACGAGCUCAUGGCGUCACUGUCUGACUUUAAAGUCCAAAGCAAUAUCCAGUCCCAGGGAAAGACAUCUCCUACCGCGCCAAAACCAGCCAACAAGCUGGACAACAUGCUGGGAAGCCUGCAGUCAGACCUCAACAGACUCGGAGUCCAGACUGUGGCUAAGGGUGUCUGUGGAGCCUGCAAGAAACCCAUUGUUGGACAGGUGGUGACUGCCAUGGGCAGAACGUGGCACCCCGAGCACUUUGUGUGCACCCACUGCCAGGAGGAGAUAGGCUCCAGGAACUUCUUUGAGCGAGAUGGACAGCCUUACUGUGAGAAAGACUACCACAGCCUGUUCUCACCACGAUGCCACUACUGUAAUGGACCCAUACUGGAUAAAGUAGUGACUGCUUUGGACAAGACUUGGCAUCCAGAGCACUUUUUCUGUGCCCAGUGUGGAGCCUUUUUUGGACCAGAAGGUUUCCAUGAGAAGGAUGGGAAGGCGUUUUGCAGAAAGGACUACUUUGACAUGUUUGCCCCUAAAUGUGGUGGCUGUGCCCGUGCCAUCCUGGAGAACUACAUCUCUGCUCUCAACUCUCUGUGGCACCCUGAAUGCUUCGUCUGCAGGGAGUGCUUCACGCCAUUCAUAAACGGCAGCUUCUUCGACCACGAGGGCCAGCCGUACUGCGAGGCGCACUACCACGAGCGGCGCGGCUCGCUGUGCUCUGGCUGCCAGAAGCCCAUCACCGGCCGCUGCAUCACAGCCAUGGGCAAGAAGUUCCACCCGGAGCAUUUUGUGUGCGCUUUCUGCCUCAAGCAGCUUAACAAAGGCACCUUCAAGGAGCAGAAUGACAAGCCCUACUGCCACGGCUGCUUUGUUAAACUCUUCAGUUAGACUGCGUUUCUGUGUGUGAAUAUGUGUGUACACGUCUGCAGACGUUUAUUCUCGUGUCUAAAUGCACAUGUGGGUGUGUGUGCACUGGCGUGUCUCGCACGUAUGAGUCAGUGAGGUGGUUUUUAAGACAGAGGGUGUUAAUGCACUGGUGGAUAACAUCAGAAAGAUGGGAAACGACUGACUAUUGACUCUUGACACUGAAGGGACUUCCCUGGCUGUCCAACCUCUCAGGCUUGGCAUUUCACACUUUUGCUAAACAUUUUUAAGAGAGCCCAAAGAGAUUUUUAUUUAGAGGUUUAUUUCCCCUUGUGCGUGUGUACAUAUAGAUGCGUAUGAGAGAAGUUGCAGGACUUCCUCAGAGCUGUGUAAAUGAUUUUAUUCCCCUAUUGCAGGGCAAGACCUUGCACCAUGUGGUGGUUUUACAGUGUGCAGGUAUGAGACAGCUGCUUGAUUGCAUGGACCACAGAGAAUUGACUUCAUCAGUUUUGAAAUAUGUUGAGUGUUGAAUACCCAGUGCUUGGCCAAUGAGUGUUAAUCUAUGAAAAAGAUGUAUUUUUGUAGCUUUGGAAAUAAUUGGGGUGCCAUUUAAAAUAACCAUGACAACACUCCAUAUGUACAUGCACACAGACACACACUGGACUCCGUCUUCACAUCUUUAAAAUACCAGUUCAAACUCUCUGCACACUCCAACCACAGAUCUCUUGAUGAGACCGUCUUAAAGGUGCAUUUUACAAGUUACUGUCAUCAAGAUAUCAGUUCUUAUUUUUCUACUGUUUUACUAUUAAAAAAAAAACCCAGAUGUUUUCUCAGUUUCAGCAUGCAGUAAAUUCACGUGUGCUUGUGUAACUUCACUGUUUCCCAUUGGAAGUGAACUCAGUCAUUAGGAAAAUAACCUCACUGAACUUUUUUUUUUUUCAUGUCGCAACUUGAAACUUUGUUUUUACUUUACUACUGCAAAGUGUGUGUUGUCAAUUACAUUAAUAAUGUUCAAAUGAAAUAAAAACAUUUCAGCUAGUGAUGACAAAAAUAGGUCAAUCUGUACCGUGGUUAUAAAUGUUGAACUUUUGGUGCAGCUUUAGAUUUCUUUUUUUUUUAAAAAGCCAAAAAACAAAGUUGUUGAAAAUGAGAUUUACUGUUGUCAGAAGAAUAUUAUUCAGAAUAAAUGAUGCUUCAGUUCAACAUUUUUUUUCCAUAUUUUACUAUUGCUACUCUUGUGAAUUAAUCACUGUAUUAAAUCAAUUAAUGAGGCUUGUUCAUGAUUUAAAUUGAGUUGUGCAUUUGGAUUAGAAGCAUGCUACUUUUAUUGUGCAGUUUUAUCAGCCCUAGCUGCCACCAGUUGCUGUUACAAUCAGAAUCUAAAUUUAUAUAUGCUCGACUUUGUGACAGAACUGUGUUUUGUCACUGUUUUGAUUUAAAAAAAUAUAUAUAUUUUUGAGCUGUUCAGGCUCACACUGAUAUACAAAGAGCUGGCUCUAUUGGCAAGUAGGCUAACAAUAGUUUACCCUCCUAACACACACACACUCACUCUUUACCAGCUUGGAUUCCAGUGUGUCAGACUUCCAAGGAAACGCAGCCCUCUGGGUUUUUAUGAGUUGUGAACUAUGAUCCUGCUGUCUGAGUUGAUAUCGGUGCUUGGCUCACUGAUGGAAGAUAGAUAUUAUGUGUUACCUGGUCAGGAAUCAGAAUACGACACAAAGCCAGAGCCAAACCUUCAGCAAAAUUUAUGUAAUGACUCAUUUCGUCUUCAUUUUACUUAUAGACAUGACAUGAGACGUGUUUUUUGUUUUCCAGUAUUGCUCGUCUUUAAUUUUGAUCACUGGGUUUUCAAGGAAUUAAUACACAGUAUCCACAUUCAGAUUGUUUUUACUUAGAGAAAAUAUUUCUUGUGCUCUUGUGCCAAAUGUGUCAAUGCAAUAAUGUCGUACACACUGUGGAGUUUCAGCCUUUCCUGUGAUUUGACUCUUUCUGGGCUGAACUCUGGAAGAGGCUUCACCUGCUGUGGUGCAUCUUAACUCGAAAACUUUACACUGUAAUAGACAAAAACCCCUCUGUACUGAGUCAUUGAGUCAUUCAGCAGACGGUAUAGUGUAGCAGACUAAGAUUUACAGGUAGCAGGGGCAGUGCAGCUGUGGGAAAGACAUUUGCGCCUUCAUUUAAACUGUGUAUGCCUAAGAAAAUGAACAGGAAAUGUGAGUUAAUUUUGCCCCAUGUAUACUUAUCUUCUUACAGUACAUUGCCUUAUAGUUUUUGCUUCUGUCAAAGAAUUAAUGACAAAAAAGAAAUCAAAGCCUUUUACUGUUAAUGAGAUUACGUGAACUUUGCUUUGUAAAUGGAGACAUUCAUGUGAUCUUUUACCAUUUGAAUUUUCUCAUGAGCCACAAAUGGUUUUGGCUCUUUGUAUGGGUUGGUCCUGAUUACUGACUGAUUAAUAUAACUGCUGCAAAUAAAAUAAGUAUUUCUGGCAUUGUUCUGUCCAAGAGAAGUGUGACU